GAAAUGACACGACACUUCCUGUAUGUGACACCUCAGCAGGCUGCCGGCUUUUUGCUCCCUCCACCUCUGUAUGGUUUACCGCCUGCUUAGAACUUUGCCCCGGAUUUCUGCAGCGUCUUUUCAUUCCGUGCGACAAAUUAUGAAGCCCUUUGUAGUGUUUGUUCUUGGAGGACCAGGCGCAGGAAAGGGAACCCAGUGUGAAAGGAUCGUGCAGAAGUAUGGGUACACCCACCUCUCGGCUGGAGACCUUUUGCGGGACGAGAGAAAAAAGCCAGACUCUCAGUAUGGUGAGCUUAUUGAAUCCUACAUAAGAGAUGGAAGGAUUGUACCAGUGGAGAUUACAAUCAGCCUGCUACAAAGGGCAAUGGAGCAGACCAUGGCCCUUGAUGGCAAUAAGCAUAAAUUUCUUAUUGAUGGAUUCCCUAGGAAUGAAGACAACUUGCAGGGCUGGGAAAGAACAAUGAAUGGAAAAGCAGAUGUUUCUUUUGUGCUAUUCUUUGAUUGUGAUAAUGAGACCUGUAUUGAACGGUGCUUGGAGCGAGGGAAGAGCAGCGGUCGGAGUGAUGAUAACAGGGAGAGUUUAGAAAAGAGAAUACAAACAUACCUGCAGUCAACAAGGCCCAUCAUCGACCUUUAUGAAAAGACAGGGAAGGUCAAGAAAGUGGAUGCCUCCAAAUCUGUAGAUGAGGUUUUUACCAAAGUGCAAGAUAUUUUCGACAGAGAAGGAUAAUAAGUGUUCUAGGUCGUCCUCUGCAGAAUCCUUGGAUACACUUUUGUUGUCCACUGUCAUUUUUGGCAUUUCUAUUUUUUUUUUCUUACGUUUUUUUUCAGUCAACUUUGUAUCUCUGGGUAUAAUAUUAACUUAUAUAUGUUUCAGUUCUAAUAGGUACAUUUAUAUUGUCUGGUUUUCCUUCCCUUUACCAUCACAGACAGAUUGUGCUACCCAUUAGAGAGAGAGAGUAUAUCCAACAGUGCUUACUUUUUUGACAUUUGUGUUAACUAGAAUAAGCACAUAAUGUAUAUCUUUAUUAUUUCAUUUGCACUUAAUUACAACUGGAUAAUAUGGAGACAGAAUGUUUUUGUGUAUGAAUAGUACCUCUGUUGCAAAUUAAUUCAAAGAUACCGACAGUCAGAGGAGUCCUUCAGGGAUAAGUUUGGCUGCAGUGUACUGUAAGCUCCCUUGAUGGGUGAAAAUUUGCUCAUUAUCUUGUGCAGUUAAAUGUAGCCUGCCCAUACAUCAGCUGUUGCCCAGUGAGAAUUGUAAACAUUUGCAACCGAUUCCUGAUAAACAUAAUUUAAUAUUGUGCAAAUACUGAUUGGUUUAUUUAAUUUUAAUUUAAAAUGAAUUCAAAGCCUCUAUAAUGAAAAUAUGACAGAUUUUUUUUUAUGAAGUAAAAAAAUCACUCUAAAAAUACAAAUGGUUUGCCUCUAGAAAAUUCCUAUUAAAGGAUCUAGCCUUCUUCCGCUUUCUUUAGACGUAAAUGGCAUUCACCUGAAAACACUAGUACUGGCAAGUCGAAUAAGUUGUCAGGCAGGCACCAGUCCUGGGCAUCUUAGGCACUUGCAUUAUAGGGGACUGGUAGGCAGGAGGAGGUGAAUCCUGCAUGCUGAGAAAGAUGGUGGAAAAAAUGCCAGAAAUGUGACAAAGGUGCCAUAGAGUUUUAUAACAAUUUGUGACUACCUCUAGAGCUCAAAGAAAUAAAUCAAUAAAAAAAUGCACACCUUUCCAUUUUAGUUAAUAUUUAGAACAAAUGUGAUGUUACUGUGGCACACAGUUAAAAAUGAUGCUAUUGGGACCCAGGAAAGGGCAGGAUCUUUCAAAUAACAGCAAGCUGUAAACUGGUAAUACAUUUAUAUCUCUUGUUUUCUGAAAUAAAAUCUAGUCUGAUGGUUUGUUUAAUUGCAGAUCUUUAAAGGGAUGCUCAUAAGGUUUUAUUCCAAAUGAUACUAACGAAAUGGUCACACACACUGAGUGAAUGACUUGCUACACAGAUGAUAUUUUAAAAUGAAUAUUUCUAGGAGCUAUCCAUGAAUGAAUGGUCAAUCCUAUCUCCACAUGUAGCAGAAACACUUCCUCAAAUCUACAGCCAAGACUUUUAUACUGUUGACAUUUUUAAUAUAGCUUCUCUUGUUGUUGCAAGGUUACGCUCACUAUACAGUCUUUUUUUUUUUUUUUUAAAUCAUUAGGGUUGCACAGCAGGUUUGGCUGAAACACACUGGUGCACUGUGCAUACUUAGGACAGGUACUGAAGUAAAUUUACCAGAGAUCUAUACGGUCUGGUCAGUCUCUAAUGGAACUAUAUGCUGAGUCAGUCUUUAAUGGAACUAUAUGCUGAGCUGUGUGGUUGUUUCUUGCAUUUUCCAAAGCAAACACUGGUGCAAUAAAACUGGUUAUUGGUAUAGUUGAUCCAUUAUAGAAAAUGCGCAGGCCAACUGACUGACCUUGUUUGGGCAGGAAAAAAGGAUUAUCAGGUAAUUUAUAAAGCACUUAUACAGAUUUGAUAACAUUUACAUGGGGUAACUGGCCAGAUGUUGGAGAACUUUGUCUAGGCCGCAACAAUUAUACUAGGGUAAUAUAAUCAGUGUGUAACACAAAAUGUGAGCAACAUCCAGUGAGCAACAACUUCAAUACUUGCCUAAAGAUGUUGGCAUUAGUAAUUUAUGGAUAUCAAACCAGUGUAUCAAAUUCAGCCACUGCUGCUGAUCAAAUUAUCUUUUUGGUAGAUUUUUUCCCAGGUAUGUGUUCCCCUUAUACUAUGUAGUAUAAAUAUAUAUGCUUAAUUGCACUUAUGUGCUUAGGUUAGGAUUAUUGAUUUUACAGCCACUUAGAAUGUAAUUAGAAUGUUAUUGAUUUUACACCCAACAUGAAUGCAAAUAUCAUUUUGGUUACUGUAGGCAUCUUCAUCUGCUAUUUAGCACCAAUAAUUGCAAAUAAGGUCUAGGCUCAAUGUUUUUUCAAAGUUAUGCAUGUGCGCAACGAAUUGUGGUGUGCACACAGAAUUUUGUGUACAAACAUAUUUAUUCUGUAUUUAGUCCCACCAACUUUGUGCACACACAUAAAUGCACUGAAUAAUAGUUCAAUUGCAGUUUCAUUCUCACUUUUUCAUUGUCUCUGAGAAAUACCGGAGCAUAAGUUUCAUUUGCAGAGAGCAGAACAUAUUGUAAACACAUGUUAUGUGGUAAAAAUGGCAAAGGCUUGUCCUGUUAAGCACCAUAAAACAAUCCAUCAGUAUUUAGCUAUUACAGUUACAAUAACAAAGAUGACCUCUGAAGUGGGGUAAGCUUUUGCUUAUGUUACUGCAUAACCCCUAAUAAUGCAUUCCUGUCCCAUUACUCACUCUUUAAAGGUUGUCCUUUCAAUGGCAGAUCAGCAAGGUCAAGUGGCCACCUAGGUGCAAUUCUUAUGCCUCCAAAACUGAGAUAUAAUCAGGUUUUUUUUUUGUUUUUUUUUUUUAAAUCUUAAUAUGUUAUAAACUCUUUUUAUCUAAUCAAAUUAUGUUUGAUUUGUCUCUGCUUCAAUUGUUUUUUUACUUUUCUAUGAUUUGCUGGCAUAAUAACAUACACUUGGCAUAGCAAGUGUUUAAAAUAUAAUACAUAUGUUUACAUGAUGGUUUUAUUUACCUGUAAUAAAAAUAAAGCAUUAUAAAUAAAA